AUGGCUUAUUCCUCAGUCGCUUCUUCCCUCAACUCUUUCCUACUUCUUUCUGCACUCUUAUAUGCAACCAUAGUGUCUUGCAGUGGAAGUGAAAUCUCUUAUUCUGAUCACUGUGCUUCAGUUGUCCCUGAGUUAACUCCAAAUGAUCCUGAAUUCACCACCUUGCCGUUUCCAACCGGCCAAUAUGGUUACUACGAAGGUGGGGAUAAAAUCUUGAAUCCAAACCCAUCUCAAUACUCAUCAAGUGAGCGGAAAACGAUGUCGUUUCAGACUGAGGAUGUCUAUAGCACUGGUCAUCCCGGUGUCUUCAAGGUUGAUGGGAGCUUGAUCUUCAAUAGCUGGAACCUGAAUCUUAGGGCUCCGGGUAUGAUAUAUUCUCAAUCAGUCUUCAGGACUAUGAGCUCUGGACAGGGUGCUUUGAGUUUCAGUUUAAAAGGAUUCUGGUCAAAUUCUUCCGGGAAGCUGUGCAUGGUGGGAUCAAGUUCUAGUUUCUCUCCAGAAGGUAAUAUUCUUCAUCGUACUGCUGUCCUUAAGCUUAAUGGUGUAAGGAAUUCAAGUGAUAUUACCAGUCUGGUUAGUGGAACUCUUCAGAGCUUGAGUUCUGCUGAUGAUUCCAGUUAUUUCGAACCAAUUUCCUUGUUGAUAUUUCCUGAAGUAAACUACAAGUACACUAAGGCUUCAAAAGACUUGAUCGAAAAUGAGUUUUCUGGUGAGAAGAAUGUUGCAGAAGCGAACUCAUCACUCCGUUUACAGGUGAGUACAACUGUUUGUUCAAUCUUUGAGAGGGCAUACACCACUUUUGAGUUGGAGUAUGAAAGUGAUUGCAAUUCUACAAAGACUUGCAAUCCUUUUGGUGACGGUGUUGGAUAUUUGCCACGAGUGAUGUCUUUGAAUAAGCUACAGUGUUCAGCGGAUGGACGAAAUUUAAGGUUUUUGGUGGAAUUUUCCAACAGUAGCUAUUCUGGGUAUUACUAUUACAGCCCUUUCGAUCCAAACACAACGUUCGUUGGGGAAGGAACGUGGGAUUGGAAGAAGAAUCGGCUAUGUGUUGUUGCUUGCAGAAUCUUGAACACCAAUGGUGCCUUGGAGGACUCUCAUGUUGAGGAUUGUUCCAUAAGGUUGACCUUGAGAUUUCCUACAAUCUGGUCAAUCAGAAACAGAACUGCCAUGUUAGGCCAAAUUUGGAGUCAGAAAACUGAGAAUGGUGUGGGUUACUUUGACAGAAUUUUGUUCCGAAGUACCGAAGAUGGUUGGCUACGGCUUCCAGGACUGAAGUAUAUGUACACAGCAAUUGAGAAAGUGAAAAAUAUUUCAUGCUUGACGAAGAAGUUACCCAUUAGAAAUGGUGGGGAAAAAUACCCGGAUGGGUACUCUUAUGAAAUGAGCUUUGAUAUGUCAGUCAGAAACUCUAGACAGGAAAUUGGGUGGGGUUCUUCAUUUCAGAUCUCUAUUGGCGAUCAAAUUUCCCAGUCGUCAGAAUAUUCCUCCAAGCCAUUCUCAAGCUCGAGACCCGUGAGUUCUGGCGUUGAAGGGAAUACCAGCAUUACUAGACCACUCAACAUCAGCUACAAAAUAAGCCUCUCACCAUAUUACUAUGCGCGAUUGGAUCGUGUCAAAACCCUAUUCAAUACAUCCUUGAGUGAGAAAUACGGGCGAGUAGAAAUAUUUGUUGAAGGGCUUUAUGAUCCUGAGACUGGAUGCCUUCGCAUGGUUGGCUGCAGAUAUCUUGCAUUGAGCAAUCAGAAACUGACAAACGAUUCAAUGGACUGCGAGGUUCUUGUCCAUCUUCAGUUUCCUCCACUAAAUGCGAAGAAAGAUGGAGUCUAUAUCAGGGGAACCAUCACAAGCGCUCGCAACAAAUCUGAUCCUCUUUACUUUAAGCCUCUCUAUGUCACUUCAACUGCUUCUUACACCUUCCUGGAAAGACAAUCAAUAUGGCGGAUGGAUUUGGAGAUCCUCAUGGCUCUGGUCUCCAAUACACUUGCCUGCGUUUUUGUGGUGUUCCAACUUUUGUAUGUGAAAAGGAACCCCGGAGUUCUGCCUUUCAUUUCACUUCUCAUGCUCACAAUUCUCACUUUGGGUCACAUGAUAGUUCUUGUGUUGAACUUUGAAGCCUUGUUCUUACGAACCCGCAAUCGCCAAAGUGUCUUCCUUGGAAGUGGAGGAUGGCUAGAAGUGCACGAAGUGAUUGUAAGAAUAAUCACGAUGGUGGCUUUUCUGUUACAAUUUCGUCUUCUCCAGCUUUCAUUGUCCAAACGAAUGGGUGACAACAACCAUAAGGCCUUGUGGGCUGCUGAGAAGAAGGCAUUAUUUGUGUCUUUGCCAUUAUAUCUAGCUGGGGGUUUAAUAACUUUUUAUGCAAGCUGGAGGAACAACAAUGUUGGGUUUGCAACGCGAUAUUAUUAUUCUUCUCGAUUUGAUGACAACCAGCAUUCUCUUUGGAGGGACUUGAGAUCCUAUGCUGGUUUCAUCCUGGAUGGUUUCCUUUUCCCACAAAUCCUCCUCAACAUGUUCUACAACUCAAGAGAAAAUGUACUUUCUCGUUUGUUUUACAUCGGAUUCACUUUCGUUCGGUUGGUGCCACAUGCAUAUGACCUUUACAGGGCUCAGAACUAUGUUCAGAAUUUUGACGGUUCAUACAUAUAUGCAGACCAUGCUGCAGAUUUUUACUCCACUGCUUGGGAUGUCACUAUCCCGCUAGUGGGUAUCCUUUUUGCAGCAAUCAUAUACCUCCAGCGGAGAUUUGGCGGGCGAUGCUUCUUUCCUCGGAGGUUCAGGGAGCUGGAAGUAAUUUAUGAGAAGGUACCAGAAGCUAGUGAAGAAUAA